AGGACACAGACCGACGCGACGAAGCACCCCUCAAAGUUCCAAACUGAUAUUAUGACUUCUACAGAUAAGCAAGAAAAUGCCAGAUAAUGUCGACAAUGGUCGAGAGACGAUUUCAGAAGACCAGCCUACUUUGCUGCAAAGGGAUGAUCGAACGCCAUUACGGGAUGCGACGCAAGUACCCGCGUCCCCUUCAUCGGCACGGGAGGAGUCUGGCCGUCUACGAGCCUUCGUUGACAGGGUGCGAUGCUCGCGGCUACCGCUUCCGGGAAGGGACACCGCGAGUAGUUACGUACGGAUGCGGGACGGUGAGCGAUCAGGUGGGAGCAACAGUCCUAGAUCACCAGGGACUCGAGGGCGGCGGUCGCCCAGGGAUGAAGAGGCUCUGUACAGAGAUAUAUCUGAUAAUGCUAAGCGGUCUCCCAGGGGAGCAGCGGGUACUUCGUCUUCGCCAAGAAGCGCUCGAGGAGGACGCGAGCAAGCCUAUAUACGACAUGGGAGAGAUGGCGGGCGCGACCGAUCGACACCAAGAAGGGCACAACAGCAUGACACGUUUCUGGAAGAUUCGUCCAGUGACGAGGAGAACGAGGUGUCUGACGAGACUGCGCGCUACGUUACGAAAGAGUACUUGAUGCCGCUCUUCGAGAGGAUCGGGCUUUUCGAGUCUGUCUACGGCGGCAACAGACAACACAUUUCCUCAGGCUCACCUAGUAGAAAUAGUCCAGGGCGUGGCGUCCCGCUUCUGCACGAGUUGCUUUUAUCAGAUCGACUGCUGGGGAAGCUCCAAGACUAUCAUCGGAGCGUUGCACAAAAGAAAUUAUGCUGACUCGGCUUCGAAAGAAAAAAACGUAUUAUAAAUUGUGAUUCUGUAAUAGAUGCAGCGGUUCUACUGGAGCCUUAUUCUGUCCGAGACGGCUCAGAGAAUCACUUCUAAAUACGAAAGAGCUACAGGACGCGCAAGCUGCGCGCAAGGCCGCUCAGAGGGAGCUUGCUGGCGCAAGAGCACGAAUGGAGGUAAGCGAUUACCUGCGGGGAGUAGACGAGCUUCGCCGGCAUUCGCACGAACACGAUAAUGCAGCUGUGCAGAGGCAGUGUGAAGCAUUGGAAAAAGUACUCAUGCGUAUUGCCUCUAAUAUUUAUAACAUAAGUACUUCAAUCUUCUUAUCCUCCUUGCUUGCGCGUUAUCGUGUUGAGGCUCAAGCACUAGUUUGAGUGUAUGUGAGUGUUUAAAAAGCUUGACCAAAAUGAUGACGUGGGUUCAAAAGUGGAGACUUCUGUAGUAGACACUUACAAACUUUCAACAUCUGAACAAAUGAAUAAGUAACCUUCUCCCGUAGCAGGAAAUCGUGGCUUUUCCCCCUUAGUAUAAGUACGAGGUUGUGCUGCAAAUCUUGACUGGCUUUUGCCCGUAAAACGGCGAAGGUUUAGGUCCAGCGACGCUUAAAGCACUAAAAAAAACAACCGGUUAGUUUUUACCUCUAAUACUUAGGCUUAUCCCAUGCAGCAAAACAUAAGUACAUGGUAGAACUAGAAUGCUGGCACCUCGUCACUUACGAGUAUGAACGACCGUUGUUGUAUUUUUUCAUAUUUGACGACGCACGCGUGGUGAAUGUGAAUCAGAAUCUUCAAUCUUCUUAUCCGAACUAUGUACGUUGUAUGUACGUUUGUCAGGUGACGCAAUAUUUGUCAGCAAAGACUGCAUUGGAAUUUGCAGAAAAUUCAAAAUUGAAGAGCACAGCUAGCGAGCGAGAGGAGACACUAUCGGCGGCGCGAAUGCAGGUUGCAAAGCACUUACAGGCUGCAAGUGCUGCCAAGCUGCAUAACGAGGUUUUGGCGAAUGAGAUCGCUCAAUUAGAGCCAGCUUUGGCGUGUCUCAAGGUGGGACCACGGGCGCGACGGCUACUCCAAGAGGCGCGACAAUACUUCGAGACCGAAAUCCAUUCCGCAUUUGACAUGAAGGACAGACUCGAGUCCCGCCUCGUCUUCCUUGUCCAAGACAAGAAUGCACUAGAGCAGUCGAGAACAAAUUUUAUGACACGUCAAAAAGAUUUCGGAUUAGAAGUUAUCUACAGGACGGAGUAGGGAACUUCAGGAUAAUUUGUGAAUAGCGUACUCGUGGAGCCAUGCUUUGCAAUGAUUUUAGAGUCCGAUGCGUUGCGUCUCCAGGUCUGCUUAGAGGAAGUAGCCUCGUGCUUCUUCUUUGUGCUUCAUACUUCUGUUAAAGGGAAAUGAAGACCUGGAGGGUGAAAAAGAGCAGCUGCUGGAGGAACAGGAGGAAAUGAAAGACGUGAUGCGUGAGGAAUUGAAGGAAGCGUUGAAUGAUAAGGACUUGUUGCGAAAAGAGCGGGAUAAGCUCGAAAUGAAGGUCAAGGACCUUUCCCAAGAUCGCGAUACCUUGAAGCAGCGGCUGAAGAAAUAUAGGAGACUGAAGGUAGACGAGCACAAAACGUGCAAGAAUUGCAAUAAGGACUACAUGGAAAACGAGAAUUUUAAUUGGAGUUGCAGAACACAUCAGUCGGAGUUCGGAGGCGAAAUGUGGUGGUGUUGCGGAAAAAUUGGGAAAGAGGCAAUAGGUAACCUAAUGAAUAAUACAAGUUAUCAUACAGAAGUUGCUGUUUUGUGAGAUUCUGACUGUUGAUUUGUUGUUCGAAAAAAAGUCGGCAGUUGCAAUCCUCAGAGAAAAUCUCCAGGUUGCAAAUUCUCGAAGCAUGAAAGCAAGGACGACGAGGAGGAUCUCGACGAGCAGGACCGCGCAGAGCGAGAAGAGCGCGAGAUAAAGGCGAGAAACUCCAAAAUCAAAUGCUACAGUUGUAAGGAGAGCGGACACAUAGCAAAAAACUGUCCGAAGGAUCCCAACUUGCGCUCAUUACAUGACCCGGCGGUAGAGGUACAGCGCACUGACAUUCUGGGUGAGCAGGCCGGGUGGCAGAAAGCAUUGGCCAGGGAAAGCAUGUUGUUAUGACAGGAAGUUGUUGGCAAUAUUCUUUUGAGAUAGCAAUGAAUGUAUCCUCCUGUGCAAAUAUUUGUCUCGUGGUGACUACCAACCAUCCAUCUCUAAUGCCCCGUCCAACAGAAGUGUUGUCGCGGAUCGAGACUAAGCUUGGUUUCGAUACUUGGGACGAGGAUGUUGAGGCCGUUAUCAAUCCUCUGCAAGAUGUUUUAGAGCUGUGUGAGAAGGCGACUGACCGAUUUCAUGCGAUGUAUUUGUACGAAGACGAGGCGGAGCGCUUAGCCCUAGAAGAGCGUGCGGCGCGCGAAAAGCAGCCUUCGGCCACACGGAGAGGUGGCGUCGUCAAUGCGGCAGCGUUAAUUAAGGCUCAGACUUCGUUGGUCACUGUCUGAGAGUGGUCACUGACAUCGAAGAGGAGACCCCCUGAGAGAACAGGGGAAAAGAAGGGAAAAGGUUGGAGCGGUGUAGGGGGUCCCGUCCCUCCAGAAUCAGUGACCACUGCCUGCCGACCUUUAAGUUAAUGUCGGGUACGCGUGGCGGGCUGCCGGGAUUGCUGGCGGGAAUACAGCUAGCUUCGGAGGACGACGAAGAAGAAGAAGACUCUGAUGACGACGACGAUUCGGAUGAGGAUGAAGACGACGACUCGGAGGAUGAAGAAGAGUCUGAUGGCGAAGAAGCGGAAAGUAGUGGAGAGUCCUCGUCUGGUUUCGACGAUGACUCGGAGGAUGAAAGUUAAGAUCUGCAAGAGAAGAUUGACGUGGUUGAUUUUUGAUUGGAAAACUUUUGAUUUAAUGAUUACUUGAUUUUUGGCGUUUCGCCUGAAGCAGGAAUAGGUAGAUUGUUUAUGAGUUGUCGUGACAAGGUGGUAAAGGCGACGUUGCGAAAGGAACCCUCAAAAGCAGUGUGCGGAGCUAUCAUGAUCGAGAGAUAGUACUGUAAGUGCUACCAGCGAAUUCUACUACAGAAGUUUCAGAAUAUCGUUUAUACUGAGUCCCGAAAAAACGACCUUUGCAUAAUUUUCCCGGUGAUCAAUACUUGGCAAAAUGACGGCUAGUAGCCGAAGAUUUUAUGCAGCAGCUGAUUCCUUUGCAAUCUCAACAAAUUUGAAAUAGCAGCAUAAACCAAAUCCACGCACAUCUUCCAAAUAUGAAGCAUGUAAAAAGAAAAAAUCAAAUCUCCAAUAUGGUCCGCACAAAUUAUGAUGUUGCGAAUUUGAAAAAGAGCCGGAAAUUUCGG